CUCCACGCCAGACCCCAAGUCAGUAGUGUGGCAGCCACCAACCCAGUCUGUACCCACCACCAGUGCUGUUCACAUCCUGCCCAACCCUCUACACAAACUGUGAGACUCUGUCAUCUCUCUACGGGAAAAGUAGAGUUGUUGACUUGCUGUAGACAACAUGUGGGGUAUUCUGCCUGUGUUUGUAGCCUUGUGUGUAGUGGGUGUAUCUCCCCAGCCUAGUGAGAGUGGCAAGGAAGCACUACACUGGUGCAGUACUAUGUGUAUGUGUAGGUAUGAAACCCAGGUGGCAGUACGGUGUUUCGAACCUUCUGAGAUGUACGAGUUUUUGGGAAUCAGCAAGAAAAUAGCGAUGAAAAUGGCGAAGCACAAUUGGACUCUCGAUGCAAAAGUUUACUGGUGUAAGGACUUGUGUCUCUGUCAUAGUGACAAUAAUCGUGAAUUUCAGUGUGUCGAGGAAGAUGAUAUCACCUAUCUCAUCACAGAUUACAUCGGCGACAUGUACUUCUAUCACACCGUUCAGCAGCUAGUGGAAGAAGAACGGCACAUGGAAGAACGUACCGUGACGCGGGAAGAGACAGAGGCCGCUGAAAACAGGAGAUCAGAGAGAAAGAAGAAGAAGAAGGAUCAGAAACCCAGAAAGAACGUAAGAACAACAGAGGCUCCAGCACCAGAGCCAGAACCUGAACCCACCUUAAAACAGGUGUCACUUCCAACCACCACUUCCACCACUACUACUACUACCACCACCACACCUUCCACCACUAUCACGACCACCCUCACAACCACUCCCUCUCAGCCUGUCCAGCUUCCAAGUCGCAUGAACGACCCAGCGAUAGAACAACCGGAGGCCGGAGAGGCGGAGCUCUUACCGAAGCAAGAAGCGGUGGCUGCUAGUCCAGCAGUGACAGCCAUGCAGCCUCCAACACGCCGACAGCCUUUCCCCCCAACAGCCACGGCCUACAUCCCCCACGCCUCCACACGGGAAGUGAUCACCACGCCCCCCAAAGUCUCGGCAGUGCUGGAAGUGCCCGUGGAGAGGAAGACAGUAGCGUCAGAAGUGUCGCAAGACCUGACCGAGCUGGGAAGUACCGUGUUGGAGAUCAGAAACGAUGUGGUGCUCAACCAACGUAUCCUCUUCGUCACAGUCGUCAUCGCAAGCAUCGCAAUGUUGGGCGUGUUGAUACUGGCGGUGCACGGUUGCAACCGACGCCGACGCCCGCCGCCCGACGCCGCCAAGAAGAGAGACGCCACGAAGGAUGACAAGCACACGAAGAUGAACCUGGAGGAAGCCUGGUGACUAGGUGUGACCUCUUCCCCGAGUCAAUGGGAGACCCGCGAUUCCUCAGGGGCAGUCAUUUCCAGCCAAUGGGAAAUCGAUACGGACCAAGUGGACGAGCUGCUGAAAGGGGACGCCAGUGAUGCCUCAGGGCUCACCCAGGGGCGUAGCUUCGACAGUAGCUGGGAGGAAUCAACGGCCUUUCGCGAGCUCUCACUGGCUCAGGGACGCUUCAAGGUCUCCAGGGUGUAAAUAAGUCUAACAUACAUCAAUAGGUUGCCAGGGCUAUUUCUCUUUCCCCCAGCAACACCGCCUCAGCCCACCUACACUGCCAUGUAGAUUUUCACGUCAGGGACUCACACACGAACUCACACGGAGACAAGAAAAGAGAAGAUAGAACCAUUACUGUAUAUUUCGACCUCCUUGGUGAUUCUUGAAGGUCCUAGAUGGUGAAUCUAGGGCCUUCAAGAACCAUCAAGGAUCAUCAAGGACCCUCAAGGAACAUCAAAGACCGUCAAGGACCCCAGUGGAAAUAAGUCCGUCUUGCCUUUUUGGGGAAGAAUCCUAAUAAUUCUUACAUGUAAGACAAUCGUAUUCAAGAAAAUUUGUGUAAUGUACCUGAAUAAACUUACUUCUCUAACAGACACUCCAACAUGUUCUUUCACUGAUCUUUCAAUAGUCUUCAUCAGACUCUCGAACAGUCUGCUGAAGAGGGCCUCAACAUAAAGUAUCACAACACUCAUUAAUCUUACCUUCUCUCUUUCUCCUUCAUGUGGGUUCAUUUGUUUCAUUCACCAAUAUUUAUAACACUUUUGUGUUUGUAAACAUAUACAUUUGUAGACCGUAGCCCAAAUGUAUCAUACAUCAAAUCUAUAGUAGAAUGUUUAUCUAUGUUCUUCUAUGAUCUUU